AUGCCAAUUGUAGUCUAUGUUUCAAUAAUGUCACAACUACGUUCGUCAACAUCUUCAAUACCUCCUGAUCUUCGCGUUGAUUUAAGUGAAAUAGUAGAAGAUCUAUUAGCCUUUCACUACGAUGAUAUCAGCUCUUCAGUUUCUGAUAAUUCUGGUUUAUCUGGUCCUAAUAGUUCUACUACUACUAGUGGAUCAAAUACUACUGAUCUAGUUCGCCGAAUCAAUCGCAUGCGUUCGAAUAUACAACGUGCUCAAGAAGUAGCCCGCAAACUUAGUACUUGUGAUCUGGAUGUCCCUGCUCAAGAAAAACUACUACUAGCUGUUGCAAAUUCUUGUGUUACCAAACGCCACUUGGCAUGUUUAUUGAAAACAGAGCUUGAUAAACUAUCUACCAAGGACUCUGAUUUUCAGGAUCGCUAUCGUUUCAACUCAUAA